CAGUACGGCCCGUCGGUAACGGGAAACUCCUCAAUAAACAAAACAUGGCGAGCCGCGGCUCCGUGCCCGCUCCUCCCGUUAGCCCCGGUCAGACACAAGCACAUCACAUAGGAGCUGGUUGCCCCGCACUCCCUCCCCUCCGCACGCCGCUCCUGCGCUGUGCUGCUCCGAUCCGUUCCGAUCCGUUCCGAUCCGUUCCGAUCCGUUCCGAUCCGUUCCGAACAGCUCCGAGGGGCGGAGCCGAAUCUCCUCGUGUGUUCUCGCCUGUUCCCGUCGGGUCCCGUUCCCGUGCCCGCGCUCCGUGCCGUGCGUUGCCGGCUCCGCAGUGACGGGGCGCGCUCACGAGGCGGCGUCGGGGGCGCGCGCGCGCUCGGGGCGCAGAGGCGGCAUCCAAGAUGGCGGCGCGGGUGGCGCAGGGUCCGGCAGCGCUCGGGCUCCUUUAGGCCGCGGGCGGUGCCCGGUCCGGGCGGGGCGGCCCGAUCCGGCAGGAUGCUGCCGUCGCAGGAGGCCUCCAAGCUGUACCAUGACAACUACGUGCGGAACUCUCGGGCCAUCGGCGUGCUGUGGGCCAUCUUCACCAUCUGCUUCGCCAUCAUCAACGUGGUGGUGUUCAUCCAGCCCUACUGGGUGGGAGACAGCGUCAACACGCCCAAACCCGGUUACUUCGGGCUGUUCCAUUACUGUGUGGGCAGCGGGCUGGCGGGCCGCGAGCUGGCGUGUCGCGGAUCGUUCACCGAUUUCAGCACCAUCCCCUCGGGCGCCUUCCAGGCGGCGGCCUUCUUCGUGCUGCUGUCCAUGGUGCUGACGCUGGGCUGCAUCACCUGCUUCAGCCUCUUCUUCUUCUGCAACACCGCCACCGUCUACAAGAUCUGUGCCUGGAUGCAGCUGCUGGCAGCUCUCUGCCUGGUGCUGGGCUGCAUGAUCUUCCCCGACGGCUGGGAUGCGGAGACCAUCCGGGACAUGUGCGGGGAGAAGACGGGGAAGUACACGCUGGGCGCCUGCUCAGUGCGCUGGGCUUAUAUCCUGGCCAUCAUCGGCAUCCUUGACGCCCUCAUCCUCUCCUUCCUGGCCUUUGUGCUCGGCAACCGGCAGAACAACCUCCUGCACGAGGAGCUCAAGACAGAGAGCAAAGAUUUUGUCGGCACCGCGAGGAUAUAAGGCCGAGCACCCGCAGCAGGACCUCACCCCGCGGCCGGCAGCCUGGGCUCUUCGGCUCCCUCCCUGUCCCGCCUUUGUCCGCUGCCGGCGGCCACGCGACGCUCCGGUCCCCGCCACCUCCCGCACCGGGGCCGUGCCGGCCGCCCGCCGCGCCCACGUCCACACCGACACCGCCAUCCCACGCACCUCACCGGUCCCGCACCUCCGCCGCCGUCGAGGGAGGACGCCCCAAACGCGCUUCAUCCGAGAACGGCAGUUUUGUUUCAAGGAAAAAAAAAGAGAAACAGUCUCCCAAGUUUUUAAACAGAUUUCUACAUCCCCAGGACUCCGGACCCGCCGCCUCCCACCCCAGCGCUCCCACUGACGCCCUGCGCUGGCUGCUCCGGGCCCCAGCACCUCCCCGUUCCCAUUUUGUACAGCUCGGUGAUCCUGUCUCCAUGGCCGGGGAGCCCUGCGGCUGGGAUGGGGCCCGCCCGUACUUUUACGUGUAAAUUAAUAUUCUCUAAACAGGGUAAAGUGACUCGAGCCCUCUCGCCCCUCCUCCCUUCCCACCCUCCCCCCCACGCCCGGCAGCGCAGCCCCAGGACCGCGUGCUUUCCAGCGCUGCCGGAGCCGCCGGCCGCCGCUCGCUCCAUCCCGAGAGUGGGGACCGCAAGGGCCUCGCUGCCGCCGGCCGCCGCUCCGCCCGACUCCCAGCACCGCUGAAUGUAAGCCCCGGUAAGUGGGAGCAGCUGGAAAUAAUAACAACCGACCCCGGGCGGGUGCAGGAGGAAACCCCCCUUCGUCCAGCCCCAGCCGCCGCCAAACCUCCCCAUCCCCAUACGGUGCUUUAUCUCCACUGGUGACAGCGUGGCUCGGCUCUCCCCGCCACGCGUGGCUCGGCCCACGCCGCUGUCCCAGCCCAGACACGUGCCCGGCUGCGUCUGAGCGGCACGCGGAGCCGAGGACUCGGUGCCGGGCACAGGCAGCCGAAGCCCGGCCGAGGCUCUGCUGGCCAGACCGGCGCGUGGGCUUCCCCAGGUGCCCGCCGCAGCCCUCACCAUGCAAUAAAGUCCUCAGCACCGGCCGCGUCUCAGUGCCAGUAGCCGGGGGCUGUUGGCAGGGGGACCCGGCUGCGGGGCGGGGGGGGGGCGGCUGGGGUGGCUCUGGGGGGGGGGCGAGGACGGGGACGGGAGAGGAACCGCCGGGGGGAACGUGGAGCCGGGCGAUAUCACCGUGGGGAUGAGGCGAUGAAGGGCCGAGCGGGACCCGCUGCCGGGGCUGGCGGAGCCGGUAAGUCGAGCCCUGAGGGCAGCGAGGGACGGAGCAGCCGGGACACCGAGCGGCAGCACCGGGACCCAGCGCGUCGCCGGGAUCGGCGCUUCCCCCCCAGCGGCCGCCGUCGCCCCGCGGCCCAUCAGCGAGCAACGCCCUGCGUGAAUUGGAAAAACCAACCGAGCAAAUCAGUGGAGAAAGGAAUCCAGUAGCUGUAAUAUAUCUGUAUUUUAGUACAAAGUUUGAUACGGUGUUUCACAAAACCUUAUUGAAAAAUAUAAUUCAAACCAGACGA